AAGUUCUCUUUCUUUUAUUCUACAGUGGUUAGGUGGUUAGUUGCAGCUCUACUAAAAAUAACUAGUUUCCGCAUUUCACUCUGGAAUUGUUCAUUUUUUCUUAUUUUUUGGGCUCAUCUGGGAGCCAGUUUCAGUCUGUGAAUAUGCUGACCGACAACAUGUUACUGAUCGUCUUCUUAAUUUCAGGUGCUCUGGCUGCUUGUCCUAAAGAGCCAGCCUUAUCCAUUACUGCACCAAAGAACAUGGAAGCACUGAGUGGAUCUUGUCUGCUAAUCCCAUGUAACUUUAGUUCUAAACCAGAUCAGGACUUCAACAGCACAAGAACAACCUUCGGAGUGUGGAUUAUAAAGGACUCCAGAAUUGCCAUGACAAGAAAUAUUAUAUUCAACAGUAGUAGGACAGUUACCACCUAUCCAAUGAAUAUUACUGGAGACCUGAGUCAGAAACAAUGCACCACCUUGUUUUCUAGUUUAAUCCCAAAUUACACAGACACAUACUACUUCAGAAUUGAGAACAGACCAUUUCUGGCAACAGCUUCCUGUGAUCCUCUUCAAAUAACAGUUAGAGAUUCCCCCCCGAGGCCCAGAAUUGAGGUCCCAGGUGCUCUGAAGGAGAAGGAGUCUGUCACUAUAAGCUGCUCAGCUCCCACUCCCUGUCCACACUCCCCUCCUAAACUCACCUGGAAUCUCCAACAAGACCCUCACUACAACAUAGAGGAGAACACAGAUCGGACCUUCACAACUAAAAUCCAGAAGACCAUCACUCUGUCAGACACACAUGAUGGACUCACCAUCAGCUGUUCUGCCACAUAUCCUGUGAAUGAAGGAAGAGGAGUCAAGACAGCAGAGGAGACAAAGACUCUCAAUGUCUCAUAUGCUCCCAAGAACACCUCAGUGUCCAUCAGUCCAUCAGGUUUGGUGUCAGCAGGUAGCUGGGUGAACCUGACCUGCUCCAGCAGAGCCAAGCCCCCCCCCAGCUUUAGCUGGUUCAAGAACAGCAAAGAUGGAGACCUCCGUGUAACUGAAGGAGACUUUUACAGCUUCAAUGUGACCAAUGUCACUGAUGAUGUAUAUUACUGUGCGGCCACAAAUGAUCUUGGUACACAAAGAUCAUCAGAGAUCCAUCUGACUAAUGAAGGAGCCAAACAGCUCGAUCCCUCUUCACCAUGGGGGGCGGUUGUUGGAGCGAUCAUUGGAAUCAUCAUACUCCUCUGUGGGAUCGUUGCUGUUUGGUGGUUAAAGAAAAAACUUCCAACUUUACAACAGACACAGAGCCUGACAUCUGAGAAGCCAGCUGUUCAAGAGCCAGCCAGAGCAACAGAAACAGAAGACAUCCAUUACGGAGAGAUCGACUUCUCCAGGCGGACACCUGAACCGUCCUCGGCCUCACGGCAGGACAGUGGACAGCAGCAGGACACGCUGUACGCACAGGUCAAAGUUUCCAGGACGGCAAACGGACGGACUGCUGAAGGUCCAGAGGACCUCUACGCUCAAGUGAAGAGAAAAUGAGUUUUUGGACCUACACGGACAUGUUGGAUGUUUUU